UUUGAACCUUCCCACUCUCACAGUUUAAUUUGAACGUAAGCAAGCGAAGCAAACAUUAUCAUUACUGAGGGAGAGUCCCAACUCACAGAUCGUGAAAGCGGCUUUUUACUAUCUUCUUCGUCGGUGGGGUGUGUUUGUACUCUUUUUACAGAUCCUUAAAAGCAAAUGCUGUUGCAGUGCUGUUGGAUUGGAGGAAAUUCAACCCUCGCUGCUGGCAUUACCAUUACCAUUACCAUUACGCUUCGCUUUGCCUGCUCCAAAUCUUUUUAUGCUUAACAACGCAUCAAUCACACUUUGCUUUGCUUUGCUUACGAAUUCUGUAUCAAGUAUUACUUUACUUGCUCCUAUAUAAAGCAAUCAUUCUCUUCUCCAACUGCUCUUUCCCGUACCUUAAACAACGUUUGGAUCUGGUAAUUAGAUCUGUAGAAUCGAAUGUCUCAAACACAGAGUUGCUGUUUCUGGCCAAACUGGAAUUUCUAGGGUUUUCAAUUUCUGUACUGCAGCAUACUACCGAUGACUACCAAGCGCGCUUAUAAGCUGCAGGAAUUUGUAGCACAUGCUUCUGCUGUCAAUUGCCUCAAGAUUGGCCGCAAAUCUUCUAGGGUUCUUGUUACUGGUGGGGAAGACCACAAGGUCAAUCUUUGGGCUAUUGGUAAACCUAAUGCUAUCCUGAGUCUAUCAGGACACUCAAGUGGAAUAGAUUCUGUAAACUUUGAUUCCUCUGAAGUGUUGGUAGCUGCUGGAGCUGCAAGUGGUACUAUUAAACUUUGGGACUUAGAGGAGGCAAAGAUUGUUCGUACCCUUACUGGUCAUAGGUCCAACUGUACAUCAGUGGACUUCCAUCCUUUUGGAGAGUUCUUUGCAUCUGGUUCUCUAGACACUAAUCUUAAGAUAUGGGACAUCAGAAAGAAGGGUUGUAUUCAUACGUACAAGGGCCACACUAGAGGGGUAAAUGCAAUUAGGUUUACCCCAGAUGGACGCUGGGUUGUGUCAGGUGGAGAAGACAAUACUGUGAAGUUGUGGGAUUUGACUGCGGGAAAACUCUUGCACGAUUUCAAGUGUCAUGAGGGCCAGAUCCAGUGUAUAGAUUUUCACCCCAGUGAGUUUCUACUAGCAACAGGCUCUGCUGAUAGGACAGUUAAAUUUUGGGAUCUUGAAACUUUUGAGCUUAUUGGUUCAACCGGUCCCGAGACAACUGGAGUACGUUCUCUUACUUUCAGUCCUGAUGGGAGGACCCUACUUUGUGGUUUACAUGAGAGUUUGAAGGUUUUCUCUUGGGAGCCUAUAAGAUCCCAUGAUAUGGUAGAUGUGGGUUGGUCUAGAUUGUCAGAUCUUAAUGUUCAUGAAGGGAAACUUCUUGGCUGCUCAUACAAUCAAAGUUGUGUUGGAGUCUGGGUCGUGGACAUCUCGCGUAUAGAACCAUAUGCACUUAAUACUAUGAACCAACUAAAUGGUCAUUCAGAAUCUAAAUCCUCAACUGGAAAUACAACUGUACUGAACGAGAUCACAACUAAGGCUAGGCUAUCUGUUUCACAAAACCCAGAUCCAUUAUUGAAGGAAACAAGAUCUCUUGGAAGGUUGUCAGUUUCUCAAGAUUCAGACCCCUUGAAGGAAGGAAAAUAUUUGGCAUCCACGGGAAGUGCACCAAGUACUCCACAAAGGAUAAAUUUGAAUUCAGGUUCAAGAACAGUAUCUGGUGGUUCAACAACAGUGUUUAAUCCAACAUCUCAGAAAAGGAGUUCCUUGAAAUCACAUACAACAUCAAAUGUUCCACUUAUUGGCAAAUCAGAUAUUAUACCUAUAAUUGUCCCCAGAACUAGCAUGAGGUCAGAUCCUGUAGCCGAUUCUAGAAAAGACGUUGGUGUUACUGGAAAUACAAUGCCAUUAUCAAUGCAAUCAAAGGCAGUGGAUGUACGUAAAUAUCCGAACAGCAGAGAUGAUGUGGAUAAGCCACCUUUCUCUCCUGUAGCAGAAUUUGCAGCUUCUAAGUGUAGUGAAUUUGCAGACAAAAAUAAUUUGCCUGCUUCUGUAAGCUCAACUCAAGAUGAAGGUGGGGUCCAGAAACUGAACCGAGGGAGAAUGCGCUCAGUUCUCAAUUUGGAAAGGAGGGACCGCUCUCUUAAUUUUGAGGAACCUAGACACAGAAUUUCUCAUGGAAGAACACCAUCAGUUCAUGCGCUUCCUUUCAGUGGGAGAACCAAUUCCAUAUCAACUGAGAAGGCCACAUUUUCUGCUAGCGAUGAAGAUACUAUUGCUGAUUUGAUGGAACAACAUGAUGAAUUUACCAGUUCAAUGCAUGGACGUUCAUCUAAGUUGCAGGCGGUCUUCAGAUGUUGGGAAAGAAAUGAUGUUACAGGGGUCCUUGGCACAAUGGCAAAGAUGGGUGAUCAUACUGUGAUUGCUGAUGUUGUUAGCAUUAUAAUGGAGAAAAUGGAUAUUGUCACACUUGACCUAUGUACGGGUCUUUUGCCUCUUCUAAGUGACCUUUUACAAAGUGAAACGGAUAGGCAUCUAUCUAUAUCCGUGGAAAUGUUAUUGAACCUGGUCAGAAUAUUUGGUUCAGUAAUCUAUUCAACCCUAUCAGCUAAACCCUCUGUUGGUGUUGAUAUCGAAGCAGAGAAUAGACUAGAGCGUUGCAACCUCUGCUUUGUCGAGCUUGAAAAAGUCAAACGUUUUCUACCUUCUCUAAUGAGAAGAGGAGGAUCAAUUGCAAAAUUUGCACAUGAGUUGAAUCUGGCACUUCAGGAUGUUUCAUGACUCUGACUGAAUAGUUUGAUGCGUUGUCUUUUGGCAUCGAGUGAAGCCCUGUCAUGCAUGUACAUUUAUUUGUUGCUGUUAACACUUAUGAGUCAUGAUAAGUGGCGGCACUGAUAGUCUGAUGCUGCUGAUUCUUCGACUACAUAUACACGUAACGAGACCAAAGCUGAUGAGAUGUGCUGGCCCUCUACUGAUGGUUGCACAGUGCUGUCUAUAAGCUUAAUCUGGAGAGAUCUCACUCUGUUCGACAACUAACGUAAUAUUGCGCAAUACUACUUCUGAUACGAUCUAAUCUUAUUUGAAAGUUUAUUAUUUUUGUUACUAGUGCCUUAGGUUAGGUGCCAUCAUACAUAGUAUGACACUACUGUGUGCGACCCCUUUCAUAUUUCUUAGAUGAAAAAUCUUGUAUGAUUUUCUUGCAAUGCCAUUGGUAGCAUUACGGUGUAUUAUAUAACGUAGGCAGUGAAGUGACAACUUAUCCUGUAUCAUCAUAGGUGAACCGAUGUGGUGGCCUUGUUUUAUUUUAGGACAAGUGCUCUUGGGACACUUGUUAAGAGAUCAAAAGAGGAUAUAUCUUUGGAAGUUGUGAACUCAAUGCCUUGAUAUCUUAAAAAGUGAUUUUUUUACAUAA